CAAUGCUCUUAACUCCUGACCUACUAACACAGAUCCAUGAGUCAGAAGGCACAUUGGUGAAAGGAAAAAAAAAUCAGAAGAGAACGUGGUUCUCUUCUCUUUGUAAAAUGUAGUCGACCCAAAUAUUUUCUCACGUUUGGGAGGAUAAAUACCUCGGUGAUGUUUGACGUCUUCGUUCAGGACAACGUCUGUAAUAUCACCAGCAAAUUUCAACUAGCGACAAGGUACAGUAAGAAUAUUUUGUGAUGAGCAGUGGAUUGUCCCUUGUGGAAGAUAUCAUUAGUACGUGAAAGCAUGAUGAGGAACAGUUAAAUACUUCAGAGGUUACCGUCACAAAUAUGCAGUCAGUUAAGCAAGAAAUUGACUCCGGUGAGCCCUAUAGUGGAGAUGAUGCCCUGCUACUGGCUGUGGCCUUACAAGGGGCAAACCGGGACCUGAUAGGUAAUGUCUCUGCUUUACCCUUCAUCGCUAAAACUACCUGUCGCAGGAAAAGGGAGUUUAUCCCAGAGGAGAAGAAAGACACCAUUUAUUGGGAGAGGCGCCGCAAAAACAAUGAAGCGGCGAAACGCUCAAGGGAGAAGCGCCGUAUAAAUGACAUGGUGCUCGAGAACAAGCUGAUGGCCCUGGGAGAGGAAAACGCCUCCCUCAAAGCCGAACUGUUGUCACUGAAACAAAAGUUUGGCCUUUUAAGCCCAGCAGCAUACACCCAAGAACUUGAGAAGUUAUCGAGCCACAAGAGUGCCCGUCUAUAUCAGCAAUUCGUCACAGCCAGUGCCGACCAAGGCUCCUCGAGCAAGGAAACGGAGCCUCAUCACCUGCGCAGUAGUUGCAUUUCCGUCAUCAAACAUUCACCAAAUAUAUCCAAGGCAUGUGCUCCAACUCAGGAUAGUUUAAAUAUACCCAGAACCACAGAGGUCAAACGGGAACCAGCGGAGAAUGGCACCUUUCCACCAGAGAGAAGUAGUCCCUAUGAACUCUUUAGGAACUACAUGGCCAGCCCGAUGUCGAGAGUCUACACCCAACCAGCUCAGUUCUUACAGAUCACCAGGUCAUCCAGUAACUCUCCCAGGAGCUCAGAUGACGGUGCUGUGAGCAAAUCAUCAGAUGGCGAAGAUGAGCAGCAGGUCCCCAAAGGGUUGACGCCAUCAGCGGCUGACCCAAGAAGCGUUAUUGUAUCCACACACAAAGUGCCCGAGGCCAGUUCUUCAGCGCUGCCUCAUAAACUGCGAAUCAAAGCCAAAACCAUCCAAAUCAAAGUCGAAGCCAUCGACCCAGAGUACGACUCGUCGGGAAAGUUCUCCUCACCGGUCAACGGAUGCUUCCAGGCCUCCUGGGACACUUCGGAGUGCUCUCAGUCCUUGCCGUGCCCUUUGUCAGAACAGGUCACUGCCAUGCAGGACUGGACCCAGCCGUCGGAGCAGUGGAAUAAAAGCAGCACAAAAACACUUCAGCACAGCUGCUUGAGUAGCAGGCAAAACCAUAACAUCUCAGACUUCCCGACUGUGGAUGUAAACCAGCCAUCCUAUGCACACUCGGACGGAGAGGAGCGCAAAAGUGGCCCCUCUGAACAAACACAGCACGUCACGGCAAGGGGCUGGAAUGAAACCAAGUGAAGCAUCCGCUCAUCACAAUGAGUCCCUCUUGAUAGCUCGCCUGCCUGAAGAACCCUCAGAUGAUUUGCAUCUUCACUUAUUUGGUAUUACACUUGUGUGGUUAUUGUUUGGCUUUGGAGCAACUUCUUGGUCACUGUAUAUUUUCAAAAUAAAAGAUUUUGAAAUUCUAGUAUACAGUGGUAAUUUGGUAAGCACAAAAACAAAGCCUCAUGUUUAGGAAGAUUAUCUCCUAUUUAAAAUAGAAAUGCAAAUAUAAUUUCACAUUGCUGAUUGGACUGAAAAGUUAAUUCUUAAAUUGUUUUUUGUGUUUUUUUUUUUACUCAUCAUUACCAACUGUGUCUGUUUUCCUCCGUUGCUCUCACAGUAUAUAGUUGUUCACGUAAAACUACAGAACUGAAAAUUAUGAAAAAUUGUCCUUUUCAGAAAUAUUAAGUUAUUUUUUGUGGGGGGGGGGGGUCACCUUUCAAUGCAUUGUUGAACCCACUGCACUCAAACUUUGGAAAUGAAAAACUGUUUCACAACGGGCUCACGUUUUCACAAAAAUGGUCACAAAUGAGAGAUGCAAUUCUGUCUGUAAUAAAACUGUGGUUAUUUAAAAAUUGCAAAAGAAAUGUUCAAAUGUGUUGGAUUGCCACCUGUUUGUGUAACAUGUUCUAUAGAUGCUGAUUUUGUAAUUUUCCUAUAUCGUCAAUGCAGUUUACACUGAAUCAUGUUUUGAGGUCACUUACAAAUUAUAUUGUUUGGUAAUAAUUAGGAUUUUAUCGAACAAAACAACCAUGGUAAAAACAAUGUUUGUAUUGUAAAGGUACUCAAAAUAGUGUUCCAAAUGACUAUGCAGUUACCACAAAUGAAAUGGGUGAAAGAAAUGUCAUUUCUGUCAUGACUGUAAUUU